UCGCGACAUGAUCUCCGUAACCAAGGCAACUGCAGCUUUGUGUAAAAUGGCUCCAAUCGGCUCUCGGGCCGCUUAGCAUGCAGCUCCUCGGUGCGGAUGUAUUUGAUGAUGCCUUGUUAUUAGCAUGUUCACAGACGAAGCCUUGGACGCAGUGAGCGUCCGGUCCCUGUGGAGGAAGUCCCAUCAGGCGGCGCAGGACUCGAGAGGAUGUCAGACCCGGGCACUUGACCGUGCAGAGGCAGAGGUCCAGACUGUUUCCACUGCUGUCGGCUGUACUCAGACGGAGCUGCAGGAGCGGGCUGCAGAGCGGCUCUUCCAGCAAAACCAAAAUGAACCAGAGCCGCCUGGCCUGAGGGACUUCCUGCAGCGAGUUGAGGACACGGUCAUUAGAGAGUUAGUGAGAAAUGCCAGGAGCCAUGCCUUUGAUGGGUUUCAGGCAAACUGGGAAGAUCACAGUCAGCAGAUCUCCCUUAUCCAUUCCCUUCAACAUCCCAGAGCUCAGGAGGAAGGUCUGCAUGUCACCAGUGUGUCCUGGAGUUGCACAGGUUCAGUCAUUGCCUGUGCCUAUGGUCGGAUUGACACUGGAGACUGGAGCACUGACAGCUCGUGUGUUUGCACGUGGAACCUGGACCGUCGAGGCCUGCGCCCCAAUCAAGCGGACCUGGUCAUCGAUGUUCCUACUUUAGUCACAGCUUUGUGCUGUCAUCCCAGCCAGCCUGCCCUCAUCGCAGGGGCUCUGUACAGUGGAGAGGUGGUGGUUUGGGACACCAGUCGGAUUCAGGACCCCGUGGUAGCUCAAACCGGUUUGUCUGCAGACAGUCACAGAGAGCCUGUUCACCAGGUUUCCUGGGUGCCUCUGCAAAAGAAAGGAGAGUUUGGGGUGUUGAGUGCCUGCUCAGGAGGAAGGGUGCUGCUGUGGGCGGUAGACUUGGAGCAAGGCAGGUUUGUCCAGAGUGCCGCCUAUGCCCUGCUACAACAGCAGGUUCCUCACAGCAGCAGCAGCUUCAAGGCCCCCAGCAGCAGCAGCAGUGUGGGCAUCACCUCCAUGGCUCUGUCCCCGUGGGAUUCUGACACCUUCCUUGUGGGGUCUGAGGGUGGCCUGCUGCUCAGAUGCUCCUUCUCCUCCCAAACACUGGCUGCAGCACCCUUUGAGAGCCAGAGUGUGACGCCGAGAGCCCCGGCAGUCUUCUCCUUCAGGCCCCGCAGCGGCCCCGUCCACUCCAUACACUAUUCCCCUUUCCACAGGAACCUCUUUGUGAGUGCAUCAACUGAUGGUCUGGCCCACCUCCAUUCUCUGCUGCAGACCAGCCCGUUGCUCUCUCUCAGGGUUUCAGACUCCUACGUGUUUCAGGUGCAGUGGUCACCAACCAGACCAUUGGUUUUUGCUGCAGCCACUGGACAAGGUGAGGUGCAGAUGUUUGACCUCAGCCGCCGCUCGCUGAGGCCAGCAGCUACAAUCAAGCAGGGAGCCACGGGUCAAGCUGCAACAUGUUUGGCCUUCAACUGUCAGAACCCUCACCUGUUGGCAGUGGGCAAGACUGACGGGACAGUCAGCAUUUGGCAGCUGAGUGCUGAUCUGACGGAGCAGAGACCCAGAGAGAGCGACCAACUGGAGAAGAUAGCCAAUCAAGUGGCAGAGUGAGACCAAUCAGCUGAGACAGA